UCGCCGCGGUAGAGUUCAAACGUGCAAACAGUUAUUAGUGCUGGUGUCGUGUUUCGGGAAACAAAUAACAGUUAAACUAUUUAUUCACUUGAAAGUGUUAAAUAAGUGAGUGAAUCUAUCAGUGUUUUGUUUCAAAUACUCAUAUAAAGAAAGAAACGUCCAAAGAGCAGAUUGAAAUUGGACCAGCUGUCAAGUCUGAGGCAAAAUAUAUUGAUCUCUUUGUACCAAAGAGAACACAAUGAAGCGACUUCAGAGAUGUUGCUGCUGUGCUUCAACUCGAACUGGGACGAUAAUAACCGCCACUUUGGGAAUCAUCCUGUCUAUAAUCACCAUCAUCACAAUAUGGGUGGCGAACAAACACAACGUCUCCUACAGGACGUUCAUAUUCGCGGAGGACUUCGACAGGAAACUAGCUGAUAUGGACAUUCCAAGGAUCAUAUUGACUGUGAACUUGUGUUUCACAAUACUGAUAUGUGGCCUUCUUAUUGUGGCUGUUCUGAAGAAGCGGUCAUGGCUGAUGCUGCCGUGGGUGGUGCUGGGCAUCGUACUGGCGAUAGGGCUCCUCAUCAGUGUGCUGCAUACUUCGAUAACUUACUACUUGGAUGAGCAGGAUCACGCCAUCAUCGCCACUUGUAUCCUUAUCGGUGGACUUAUUUAUUUGGGUGUGUAUCUCUACCUAUGGGCGGUCGUGUUCAGCCACUAUUUGGACGUCCGCGAUGAGGAAGAAAGAGGGAGGUACCGCAAGGCCCCGUACAAACGAUGAGCUGGAUGUCCAAUAACUCAUUUAUAUAAAAAGUCUGUGCCCAGUCAAUACAAUUUAAUUUAUAAAAAUAACAAUUUAAUGUAUUGUAAAGAGAUCUGACUUGUUUUGUGUACCCAAAGAUAUAUAAAUAUAUCUUCAUAUAAACGUUGGCCUGAGAUAGAUAUUUCGAUUAAUAUAUUUUGUAAUUAAGUAUAAGUUUUAAAAAUAAGAAAGAAGUUUAAAAAGCUUGUCAAACCUUAUUGAUGUAUAUGUAUUAUUACAGAUUAACGGUUACCCUAAAUUAUCGAUUAAUAGAUCCACACAAAUCUGCAUUUAAAUCUAUUCAACUGAUCUUAGAUUAAGGAUUGGUCUCCGCUGCGCUCCAACUAGAUACCGCAGGCGUAGUCGCAAAGUGCGGCAACUAAUACUACGCCCAAGUUGGUGUACUCAAGCCGGUCCCAAACAAUGUGAGACGUUGACGUGCCACAUGUUCUGUUAAACUUUGAUAAUACUUGAACUAAAAUGCCGGUUUGCGUAAUAAAACUUCUUAAAAAUAUUACUAAAAGAAAUAAGAAAAACUCUGGGAUCUCAUAUCAUCAGUAAGUAUUUUGUAUUUUAUUAAUUUCAAUGAAAAAAAAACGCUGCGUAAGUUAAAAAAUUUGAAAGAUGCCAUUGAGUGUCAAGAUGCCACGCACACAAGCACCUAAUAGCUGCCGUAAUAAAAAAACUAUAAUUGUUCUUAGGCAGUGCGGUAUCUAGUGAGAGCGCAGCGGAGACCAAUGCUUAAUCUAAGCAAUUGACAUUAUUUAUCACUGGUGAGUCGUGUCAAGAAGUUAAAAUAGGGUCAAAUACGUUUAUUGUUGAAGAAAAAAGAAAUAAGAACCGAGCUGUUAACAUUUUUGGAGACAGUUUAUAAAAACCUGCCGAUCUAACAUUAGAAUUUAUUAAGAGUUAUAUUUUCCAUACAAACGUUCAAUAAUGAUGAUUUAACCUUCUUAAAAAAAUGUUUACUAAUAGGUAUAUUGUGCAUUGUUUCUAGGUUUCUAUCGAAACAGAAGAUACAAACUUUAUGAAACAAAUUCAGUAUAAAUCUCCAAAUAUCUGAUAUUUUGCCCAAAUUUUAACUGAACUUUAGCCGUUCAUAAUGUACCUAACUGCUCAUCAAUUGUAAAAGUAAAGAAAACAUUGCCAUAGAAACCUCGCGCAUAAUCGAGACUUUAUAAAUGAAAAACAUUUAUUACACAAAUUUGUAAGGAUUACUGUAAAACACGUAUUUCCUGAAAGAAGUUUUUUGGAACUUCCGCACACAAUUUUUCGUUCAAUGUCGUUUUCAUUUGCUUGUCGUCAACAGACGGUAAGUACCUAUGCGUAGGAUGAAUAACAUGCUUUUCGAUCAUGUUCACUUUGACUAUACCCAGGACCCUCUUAUUUUAAACAACCUGUUGUACAAUGUAUGUAUUUUAAGCCCACCAUAUCUACCGUCAAAUUAAAUUUUAACGAUCAAUGUCACCAAUAUGAAUGAACUUACCUAAUUUGAUUCUAGUCCUUCCAAAUUCAAAGAAACUUAUGUCAAAUUCUGUAAUACGAUGAUUAUCACGUUUUUAUCAUAUUUUUUAACAGACUAGCGAAGCUUUCUAAGAAAUAAGCAAUUCAAUCUAUUGUAUGAAACGUGCAGUCAUUGACAGAUUGACAGAUGACGGCUAUAAUCUUGUAAAAAACUGAGAUAGCCGAAAUCUACUACGUUGUAAGCAAUGGUUCGCAUUCAGAAGCCGGAUUCCGCCUAGCGCAACUCUCUAGGAAAAAUGCGACUCACUCGAUUGUGUGAAACGUGCAAUGAUUGACAGCUCAUGACGGCUAUAAUCUUCUAAAAAACGGAGAUAGAAGUAAUCCACUACGUUUUAUGCAACUGUUCGCCUUAAAACUUAGACGGAUUAUACUUCGCCGCCAAUCAAGAUACUGUAAGUACUAUUAUUUCAAACUUAUGUCAAAUGACUGCACGUUUCAUACUAAACUAAAUUUCAAUUUUUACUCAGGCAGUCCCGCCCCUUAUUACGUAGUAUUUACAUCCUCUUUGUUUCAUAAAAGAAAGCCAACGAAAAUUGAUUCUGCUAUUUUAUAAAAUAUAAUUAAGGUUUUAACGGAGUCUAAAAAACAAUUAUUUUUAUGUAACGAACUAUUUUGUAAAGUACCUAUUUAAUGUAGUCAUUAAUUAUAAAGUAAACAAAAAAUAAAUAUUUUUACUAAA